CCCACAUGAAGCUGAAGCCAGGAAGCUGCGGUUGCCUAGGAAGUUUGGAGACGUGUUUCUCGGCUGCUGUUUGUGUUGUGAACUCACGACAGCUUUAAUACGCAUUUUCUUACACAAGGCCCGGUCCAAGUGACAACACUGACGGUGCAAGAUGUCCGUCGCAGGAUUUAAGAAGCAGUUUUACAAAGCGAGCCAGCUGGUGAGUGAGAAGGUUGGAGGCGCAGAGGGAACCAAACUGGAUGAAGAUUUUAAGGACCUCGAAAGGAGAGCAGAUGUUACCAGCAAAGCAGUGGUGGAAGUCAUCAAUAAAACUUCGGAGUAUCUCCAGCCCAACCCAGCAACAAGAGCUAAGCUUUCCAUGCUCAACACUGUGUCCAAAAUCCGUGGGCAGGUGAACAGUCCAGGCUACCCACAGCCCGAGGGCCUUCUGGGGGAGUGCAUGACUAAAUAUGGACAUGAAAUGGGCACGGACACCAACUUUGGUGGAGCUCUAAUAGACAUAGGAGAGUCAAUGAAGAGAAUGGCCGAGGUGAAGGACUCUCUGGAUAUCGACGUGAAGCAGAACUUUAUUGACCCGCUGCAGGGAGUCGCUGAAAAGGAUAUCAAAGAUAUUCAGCACCACCUGAAGAAGUUGGAGGGCCGCCGUCUGGAUUAUGAUUAUAAGAAGAAACGUCAAGGGAAAAUUCCUGAUGAAGAGAUCAGGCAGGCCCUGGAGAAGUUCCACGAGUCCAAAGAGAUGGCUGAGGGCUCCAUGCAUAACUUGCUGGAGACAGAUGUGGAGCAGGUGAGUCAGCUGUCGUCUUUUGUGGAGUCUCUGCUGCAGUACCACAGAGAGGCAACUCAGAUCCUGGAGGAGCUUUCUGGCAAACUACAAGAGAGGGUAAAUGACGCUCAGAGUCGUCCAAGGCGUGAAUACACACCCAAGCCCAGACCGAGCUUUGACUAUGGAGAAACAGAACACUCCAACGGAGGAUACUCACCGGCGGCAGCCAGCCCUCCAGCUUACACCCCUGAACAAUACCCAGUUCCAUCCUUCCAAAGAGCUUCCGUCAAGAGCAGACCGCGUGAGCCUUGCUGUAAAGCUCUGUACGACUUUGAGCCAGAGAACGAGGGAGAGCUGGGCUUCCACGAGGGCGACAUUAUCACCUUGAUCAAUCGGAUCGAUGAGAACUGGUUUGAAGGGAGCCUUCGCGGGAAAUCAGGAUACUUCCCCAACAACUACGUUGAGGUGAUGGUGCCUCUGCAACACUGAAAACAACAAGGCAAAGGAGGGAUCAGCAGGAUGGUGAUGAUACGUUAUCAGCUCUCAAUAACCAAAGCCAAAAUAUUUUUUUCUUUAUUUAAAUUUAAUUAAACAUCUCAAGACCAAAUGUUUUUGUAGUUAAGGGUUGUUGGAGUAAAAAAAAAUGUUCAGAAAAAUGGUCAGAAAAAUGACAGCACACUAUUUGGGUGCAUUAACUUUAUCCCUAGUCUUCAUAAUCAUUCUCUAUGCAUCUGUGCACUUUGUACACUACACCUCUGUCACUGGGACUGAACAUGAAGGACCAAUUGUGUCCAGCAAUAUCCACACUAAGAAGUGCAACUACUUUAUUUUAUAUUCACAAUACGACAUCACUUGUUCUUUGUAUUGUUCUUGCUGGUACUACACACAUGCAUAUGUAUGCAGCCAUUCGUCUAAGCAAUAUUUUCUACACUCCCAUUUCUAAACUCUACAUCCUCAGGCUUUCGUACUGUCAUUGGUCAUAGACUUCAGAGAGUCAACAUGGUGGACCGGAUUUAUUUUGGUCGUGUGUGACUCUAUCCUCCACUGCCAUCUGCUGGCACCAGGGAUUAUUCAUAGCUGUUCAUAUGAGUUACACUGUCAUAUGAUUUCUACUAGCUAUCCGCCAUCGUUUUUUUUUUUUUUUUCAGUUCCUAUUUGCUGCCUUGUCCUGGGCUGUGAGGUCGCUGUUUUGUCAAAUGUAUAAAUAUAAUAGAAUAAUAGAACCUUUAAAAAAAAGCCUAAAUAGUUGGAGUCAGUCAGGUAACUAUGACCGACUGCUGGUUGUAACUAUUCUGUAAUAAUAAACAUUGGCUGUUUAAGUUACCUUAUUACAGGGCGCAUAGUUACCUUUUUGUUCAAUUUCUAACACAAAUUGUUGCUAAGAUAUCAGUGAGUUGAUUUACAUUCAUCUCUACAAUAUUUUUUUUCUAAAGCACUCCUUUGUGUUUCUCAGCACAGAUGCCAAAGAAAGGAUGCUGAAAUCACUAAAUUUCAUUAGCAAAUAAAUGUACAUCGUACAACCUGAUCUCUAAACUUAAAAUAGAUAUUUGAUGAAAUGUCAUGCAGCAUUACACCAAAGCCAUAACCGCACGCCCUUUAGUUCCUCUGUUUUCUCAGGCUCCAUUGAUACUGCUGGCAGUGUCACUCAGAAAGCUUUGAGGGCUUUUACUGAACUGUGAUUUGUUUUCCCCCCUCGGUGCUGGAGUGAGCUUGGCUUUAGUACUCUAACCUAUAAUUUGAACCGUGAAAAUCAAUCUGAUGUGUGUUGGGUGUUUUUGUACCUGCCUGGGUUUUCAGCCUGAAAAAGCUAUCUCCCAGUGAUUGUGUGCUGAACACGCAAAUAAUGAGGAAGGCCUGUACACAAUGGCUGGUUUCAGUUACCUUUAAGCCUAUUACAAGCAAGCUCUGAACUGUCAGGGUUUAUAAUGUUCACUAAAAUGCCAACUUUCUCCUCUUGUCAUGAUCUCCUUGUUAGACCGCCCCUUCUCCGCUCAUCUCUCCCAACUCUAUUAAAACUGGGAGCAGAACGGACAGGUCCUUUCAGCAGGGCAGGGCACACUGCAGUGGAUUAUGCCCUCCCCCACUAGUCUUUAUUCACCACCUGCCUCUGUGCCCCCACCCCCUUUCUCUCAUUAUCUACCCCAUCCCAAGCCCACGGGGCCUCUGGAGCUCAGUCUCCUGGUCCAUACUUUGAAUAAUAUCCUCAGUGCUAUCAGAGAAUGUACCUCUUAAUGUUGCGUUCGCUUCUUAUUCAUGGUUUGGGGACGGGGGGUGGGGUUUGGCUGUGCUUGAUAGUAACCGUGGUUCAGGUGUGAGUUUACGUGCCUCAUUACACUAAAUCAAAACCCCUCCGUUUGAGAGAGAGAGAGGAGGAGGGUGGGGGGCUCAGGUUGAGCUAUUACACAGCUUGUAUGAUAUUGAUGAUGAAUAAUGUUGUGAAACAAAGGGCUGAGAUCAAUUUUUGUGGGCUGCUGCUGUCACAGCUGAAAUAGCUGUCUGAACGCCGCAGCUGACCUUAAUGAACACUAAACUCCAUGUCUCCAUUUAGCAAUAUUGAUGAAUGAAGUAUUAUGAGCCUUAAGUCUUUAUUUUAUUAUGCACAAUCUUAAUGCUAUUUUCUAUGUAAAAAAUAAUAACUUCUUUGCAUGUGUCUUUAUUACAGCUUGUGUCUUACGCAGUGGCUCUUUUUUUUUUGUAACUGUGACACUAUGGGGAGACUAAAAGUGGGAUUAUCCUGGAUUACGUUUAGGAUGUAUGGAUUACCUCUAUACUAUAUAUAUAAUCUCUCUCAUUGUAUAUGUUAUUGUGUAUGAAUGGAUGCUAUUCAUUUUCUUAUUCAAAUAAAUGUUAUAUAAUUUGCA